AUUAUAUUUUCAUAUUUUGGAUAACUCUUACUAUUAUUAAUUUUAAUCAAUUAUCUAAUCAAAUAAAUUAAAAUUUCGUUUUUAUUUUUUAAUUUAUUUAUACAUUUUAUUCAUUAAGGGUAUAAACAAUAUUAACCACUCUAACUUUUAACGUGAAAUCUCGAUUCAUAAAAUUUACUUCACAAAUAAUAGUAUAGAUUACAACAUUUCUUACAACACCCUUGUUACAAGAGAAUUAAAAUAUUGCUUACUUUAUAUAUAAUAAAGUUUUAUUAUUUUUUAUAAUUAUUUAAAAUAUCUACUCGUGUUAGAAUUUAAGAUGCUUUGAAAUUUUUAAUUUUGAAGUGAUCAUAAACUCUUAGAUAGCUUAACAGUAAUGUGAAUAAUACAGCAUAAUGAAUUUUUUUUUUCAAGCAUUUCAUAGGAACAAAAACCCAUGUGCGACGGUAGACAAACAUAGCGUAUCAACCAAACACUUGUCAUCAUCAAACUCCUAUAUAAAACCCUUCACACUUCUUCUUCAUUUUAACCAGCUCCAUUAAAGCUUUUUAUCAACAUUCUAUAGAUACCACAAGAACCAGAGAGAGAGAUGGACGUUAGAGGGGGAUGUUGCAUAGCAAGAUAUGGUGGUUACGGUGGUCGCUACGGUCUCUCCAAGGCCGACCGAAUCAUGCUUCGGUUCCGACCAAUUGCUCCCAAACCAUCCAGCGACGGCGGCGGUGGAUCUCCCGGCGCCGGAAAGUAUUGCUCCUCUACAACAAGCGGUGGCAGCUCCGAUGUAUCCAGUAACACAAAGAGAGGAAAGAGGAAGUAUCAUAAGGAGAGUUCUGGCGUUAACUCCCGGAGGUGCAACAAGAGGAAGAGACCGAACACUAGAACGGCUGUUACCUUGUCUCUUUUACCAGAUCUGAAUGUAUCUCCGGUGGAGAAGCAGAGGCAAAACGGUCCAUUAUGGCUAAGCUUCAGCGGCGGAGACCAUGAGAUGCUAACACCGUACAAGACGGCGGAGAUCUCGCAAAGAACGGUGGUGGUCUCGUCGUGUGUGACGGUUGAGCGUGUGACCGACGCGUGGACUAACGGUUAUGGUUUAGGGAAGACCGACGACGAGAAGAAGUUGAAUCUAGCGAGAGAGGCUUGUCCAGGGUUUAUAUCGGACGGUGUUGGGAGAGUCACGUGGACCAACAAGGCGUAUAGGAAGAUGGCGAAGGAAGAUAUUAAUAUUCCGGUGGAGGACGGUGCACCGGGGAUGAGUUAUGAUAAUUUUCACGUGAUCGUACGGUUGGUGAUGAAGGAGAGGCCCAUGCUCACGUACCCGGCGUUCACAUGCAGCGUGAGGCUACAGUAUACGUGUCAAGAUCGUGAGAGAGGUUCAGUCACUGUGCCUUGUGAUGUGUGGAGGAUGGACGAUGGAGGUUUUGCGUGGAAGCUUGACGUUAAGACCGCUUUGUGCCUGUAACGUUGUAUGAGACAAUGAUUCAUCCGAAUAUAUAUACCUACCGGCACAGUGUUUGAUUCAUCCGAUGUGCUUUGAACCGGCCAUGUGUUGGAUUCAGUGGUGAUUGAUGAAUGGUCCCAAUAAUAUACAGAUGGCCAACGUAUAACACAAAGUAGCUAGUACUAAACUCUGGUUAUUUAUAUUUGCACCUUGAACAUAUGUUCUUAGUCUGGUUGUUUAUUUCGUUAGGAUCUUGUUGUUGCUCUUAUGCUUAUUAUAUCUCUCUUGACCUUUGAUGCUUUAAUUGAAAAUCUCAAGUUUAUGCUUUUAAGUUUUAAAAGAAAGUUGUAUAUGUAUAUGUCUUUUGAAUCAUAAAGUUCUCUUCACCACAUUA